AGCACAAGCAAAAGCAAAACCCACUUAAUAUUUUGUAGCGAAAAUGGGGAGUUCAAUGGCCUCUCUUUUGGCCACUCUUUUAGUUUUGACAAUCUCUCUUAGUUUGCCUUUUGAAUCCUCAGCUGACGAUGUUUACUCUUCUCCUCCACCACCCAAAAAAUCUUCACCACCACCUCUUCCUCCAGUUCACAAGUCACCGCCGCCUCCGCCACCAGUUUACAAGUCUCCACCACCACCUCACGAGAAACCCUACAAAUACAAGUCCCCUCCACCCCCACCACCAGUUUACAAGUCUCCCCCACCACCACCUAAGUACAAGUCUCCACCACCCCCACCACCCGUAUACAAGUCUCCUCCUCCACCAGUCUACAAAUCACCACCACCACCACCAGAGAAACCUUACAAAUACAAGUCCCCACCACCUCCUCCACCAUCUCCUCCCCCACCAGUGUAUAAGUCACCACCACCACCAGAAAAGCCAUACAAAUACAAGUCCCCACCCCCACCACCCGAAAAGCCUUACAAGUACAAGUCUCCUCCACCACCUCCAGUCCACAAGUCUCCACCACCUCCCGAGAAGCCAUAUAAGUACAAGUCCCCACCACCACCACCUCCAGUCCACAAGUCUCCACCACCUCCCGAGAAGCCAUAUAAGUACAAGUCCCCACCACCACCUCCCCCAGUCUACAAGUCUCCACCCCCACCACCCGAAAAGCCUUACAAGUACAAGUCUCCUCCUCCACCACCUCCAGUCCACAAGUCUCCACCACCUCCCGAGAAGCCAUAUAAGUACAAGUCCCCACCACCACCUCCCCCAGUCUACAAGUCUCCACCCCCACCACACGAAAAGCCUUACAAGUACAAGUCUCCACCACCACCUCCGGUUUAUAAGUCCCCUCCUCCACCACCUCCAGUCUACAAGUCUCCACCACCUCCUCCCGAAAAGCCAUAUAAGUACAAAUCCCCACCUCCUCCCGAGAAGCCAUAUAAGUACAAAUCCCCACCUCCUCCUCCAGUUUACAAGUCUCCACCACCACCAACCGAGAAGCCUUACAAGUACAAGUCUCCUCCGCCCCCACCAGUUCACAAAUCUCCACCACCACCUCCCCCAGUUUACAAGUCUCCACCGCCACCUCCUCCCAAGAAGCCAUAUAAAUACAAAUCCCCACCUCCUCCUCCAGUUUACAAGUCCCCUCCUCCUCCUCAUUACAUCUACGCUUCACCACCUCCUCCACACCACUACUAGAAAGUGUGCCCUUUGAUAUCUAGCUUCCUUUUCAGGAGAAAGAAGGGAAUAGCUGUAUCAAAAUAAAGGAGUAUAGUUGAAGAGACCUGUAUCUCCGGUGUGAAAGAAAUUAAGCGGGUUUCCGCGUUUGCAUUUGUUGUAUUGUCCUUUUUAAUUAUAAAAAUAAUAAGCAUGUAAAAAAGAAAUUAAUUAUCAAAAGAUUGUCGGAUUCUCAUUUUCAUGCA